AUGUCUCUUACACUAGCUAAUGAAAUUCUGUUUCAUUAUAAGUCCUCAGUGAAAGUUGGUGAACUGGAGAGAUAUGUGAUCACUUAUAAUCUUUAUGAAGGUGAAGAAAUUCCGCCAGAUUUAAAUUUGGACUCCUUAUGGUUGAAGGUAAGGAAUAUGAACCCACUUUCAUACAGAGCCGCAUACUUAAUGGGUCCGUUCAUGUUGUACUGCGAUGUUAAAACUGCCAAGUAUCAUCAUUCCCAAAAAAUAGUCGCUUCAGUGGACUAUCCAAAAUUCGAACCGAAUGUGCUAACUCAACAGGAUUUCGUGGCAGAACUCUCGGUGCAUAACAUACGACAGCAAUACAUAUGGAUUGCUGAUGUUAUGAGCCAAAUAUUGUUCACUACAAAUACAAACAUUACUUAUGAAGUCACUAUUGGGACAAGUAGAGAGUCAAUAGAAAAUCCGCAUGAUCUGCCAUCUUAUCUAGGCUCCUAUAAUCCUAAGCUAACAGUGAACAGAUUAACCACCUUAGAUUUAUGGAAUCUUCCUGUCCAAAUUACUACCCCAAAAAAAAAGAAACAUCUUGUAGUGUUGACACAUGGUUUGCAUUCUAAUGUGUCGACGGACCUAGUAUAUAUUAUGGAACAGGUAUACAAAGCACAAAAAAACUACCCUAAUGAACAAAUUGUGGUAAAGGGUUACAGAGGAAAUGUUUGUCAGACUGAGAAGGGGAUCAAGUAUUUAGGUACUCGCCUAGCUGAAUACAUCAUCCAAGAAUUGUACGAUGAAUCAAUCCACAAAAUUUCCUUUAUAGGCCAUUCACUGGGUGGUUUGAUUCAAGCUUUCACAAUCGCAUACAUUUAUGAGGUCUACCCCUGGUUUUUCCAGAGAGUAAAACCAGUAAAUUUUAUAACUUUAGCCUCACCGCUUUUAGGUAUUGUCACAGAUAAUCCUGCCUACAUCAAAGUUUUACUUUCGUUUGGAGUUAUUGGUAAGACCGGUCAAGAUUUGGGUUUGGAAAAUGAGGCAGAGGUAGGGAAACCGCUUCUUUACUUGUUAUCUGGUAACCCCUUGACGGAGACCCUGCGUAGAUUCAAAAGAAGAACAGUAUAUGCGAAUGCUAUUAAUGAUGGAAUUGUUCCAUUGUAUACCGGAUCGCUGUUAUUUCUAGACUACAAUGAUAUUUUAGAGCAAUUGCAGAAACUUAAAGAAGGUAGUGGAAAAACUCCUUUAAUAGACAACGUUACAAUACCCGAGAAUCAAGAUUUCUUCAAUAGGACUUUUAUUUCGCCCUUGACCAAAAUGUUAAGUAUAUUGGCCCCACAAAAGUUUCCAACAAAAGCUGGUCCGGAAAUUCCUAAAGUAUCCUUUUUCGAAUCUGCCAGUUCAAUUCUCCUGCCGCCAUUACCUGAGAAAGCAUAUAUAAUGGAUCCGGAUUCCAGAGACCCCGUGAUUAUUCAUGACAAGGUCUAUACAGAGGAUGAUAUCCCACAAUCUGAAUUCAGUAUCGGCGAUGGGUUUUUUGAUAAGAAGAAUAUCCUCCUCCAGGCUUUCUUUGCAGGGAAAAAAGAACGUGCAAAGUACCGGAACCUGGAGGAAACUAUUGCUAGAAGGUGGCACGCGGGAAUGUCAUGGAGAAAGGUUGUUGUUGCCCUCAAACCUGAUGCUCAUAAUAACAUCAUAGUCCGAAGGAAAUUUGCUAACGCGUACGGAUGGCCCGUAAUCGAUCAUUUAAUAGAUGUGCAUUUUAGUGGUGAUGACGAUGACGAUGGCGAUGACAAUGAUGAUGACAACGGUUGUUCCGUCCAAAACAUCGAAUCCGUUCAAAAUGUAACGACAGAGAAUACGAAAAAGUACAGGAAGGUGGAAAACAUUCCCCAAGAAUAUGAAUGGUUGAAUAAAGUGGAAACAAAUGGUGUUUUUAAUGAGGGUCCCACCGGAAUGAUAUCAACUGUUGGUGAAAUAGUGGAAGCGCUUGCCAAAAGGGGCUUUAGCGCCAUGAUCGACAGAGGAAAUACUCCAGAGGAUCCCAAUGAUGAAGUUCUUCGUUAUGAAGAGAUGAAUAGUGACUUGGUUCAAUGA